AUGGCUUCACAAUCCUCUAUCUCUGCAUCGGCUGGAGAUUGGCAGAGCAAGGUGGCCGAGAAACGGGCCAGUUGCCAGAAGGCCAUACCGGAAGCAUGGACCCUCCCCCAGUCGCUCCUAGAGACCCUGCCGGAGCGAUCGGACCUGUGGAAGACCAAGGUCAACAUGAUUUCGCUGGACAUACCCCGCCGCUCCGGCAUCUUGACAGAGAGGGAGCUUGAAAUCACGGAAUCGCACAACGUAUCAGGUUUACUUGAAGGCCUUGCAUCCGGCAAAUUCACGUCUUCCGAGGUGACGCUGGCUUUCUCGAAACGAGCGGCAAUUGCGCAGCAACUGACAAACUGUUUGACGGAAACGUUCUUCGAACAGGCCCAGGAGAGAGCACGAUACCUGGAUGACUUGCGCGGUAAGGGCAAGCUGGCCGGGCCCCUUCACGGGCUGCCGGUGAGUCUCAAAGACACAUACCAGGUUGAGGGUACGCAAGCGACCAUCGGUGCCGUGGCCUAUCUAGAUCGGACGUCGAAGGAGAACUCUGCCUUGGUGGACAUUCUGCUCGGGUUAGGGGCGGUCCUCUACGUCAAGACCAACAUAUCCCAGGUAUUGAUGACCGUGGAUUCCGAUAACAAUGUUUUUGGGCGCGUGUUGAACCCGUGGAAUACCAUGCUUACGGCUGGGGGAUCAAGCGGUGGAGAAGGCGCCCUGGUUGCAUUCCGGGGAUCGCCGCUCGGGGUUGGCACCGAUCUUGCGGGGUCUAUCCGGAUCCCGUCCCUGUGUUGCGGGACGUACGGAUUCAAACCAUCGGCUGGCAGAAUUGCGUACGGAAGACAAGUCAUGCCUCUCAACGCGGGCAUCGGAGCCAUCUUGCCGUCGGCUGGCCCGUUCGCGAACGACAUGGAGGCCCUCCAAAUUUUCAUGAAAGCUGUCAUCGACGCCAAGCCAUUUCGCCACGAUGCCACAGCCAUUGACGUACCAUGGAGACGCAUCAACGGACCACUGCGACCCAAGCUACGCCUGGGGCUCCUCCCCGAAGACCCGCUUUUCCCACUCCACCCGCCCGUGAAGGAAACAGUCGCAAAGGCAGUACAGAUACUGCAAUCACACGGGCACGAGGUGAUGGUUCUGGACGCGGCCGAAUGCCACGUAGCGGCGGCGAAUCAGGUGGCUGGAGGGCUUCUCUCCCUAGACAACACCCCCAGAGAGAUCAUAGCAUCCGGCAGCGAACCGGCCGUGCCAUCGAUGGGAAUGCUCGCCGAACAAAUGGGAAGUAUUGCCUGGAACUUUGUACCGGACCUCAGCGCGAUGGAUGGGCUCCAAAAGUUCGGAACGCUGCAAAACAAGCGGGCAGAAAUCGUCGAGGCUUGGCGGAAACUCUGGGCCAGGCACGACCUUGAUGCGGUGAUUUCGCCGUCGGCGCAGAACACAGCGGUAGAGCACGACCGGUAUAGCUGGCCAGCGUAUUCGACUUUCUUGAAUGCUCUCGACUAUCCGGCAUGCAUCAUACCCUUCGGUAAGGCGACAAAAAGUGAACUGGAAUUUACCAGGAAGCCAGGCCAAGGCACCCCUGCAUAUAACCCGGAAGUCGUGGAGGGGGCUCCUUGCUCGAUCCAGAUAUUCACCAGUCGGAUGCGCGAUGAAGAGUGUCUAGCGGUGGCGGGGGUCGUUGAUGCCGCUGUGAAUGGAUGCCAGAUGGGACACAGUGCGAGCGCUGCCUCCGACUGCAGCACGUCUGCGAAACCAUCAGGCCGAAGGGCAGACCAGGGAGGAAGCCAGGAGUACGUGGUAUGUGGCGGCCUACGCCAGAACUCCGAUCACACCGAAAUGGCAGACCCGACGACGGCCGCCUCUUGUACGCUCGGGCCGGACGCCGAAUGCGGAGCAAUGGCCACCGACGUGCCGACGGGCGACCAGCAGCUGGUCCAGCGCCUCUUGUUUCAGGGCGAUCUGCUGGACAUGUUUUCGGUAGGCUCCAGCUUCAGCGACAGGGCGCGCCAACAAAUAAUCCCACACCUACUGCUGUCCAAGACGACGCUCCUAGACGGGCUUCUAGCCUGCGCCAUUUCGUGGGUGGGCGACGUCGACGACGGCCAGGCCAACCCAGGCCGCCUGAGCAUUUGCUAUCGGUACGCCUCGUCGGCUCUGGCCACGCUGGCGUCGCUCCAGGUCAUCGACUCCCAGACCAUGACCGACUGCCUGAUGCUCGGCGCGCUGAUCUCGACGUUUGCCGUGAGGCUGCGCCUCAACGACAUCCUGGCCAUCUGCGGCCGGACGCUGGGCCUCAUCGAGCCCGUCUACGCCGCCAGCGACCCGGCCCCGCCCGAGCUGCGCGUGUUCCUGGGCUGCAUGGUCAUGUGGGAGCUCCGCGGCUGUCUGUUCAGCUGCGCGGUGCCCACGCUGCGCUUCCGGCCGCCCGCCGAGGCGUACGCCGACCGCCACGCCGGCCUGUGCGCCACCCUGCUGCCGCUGUUGCACGACAUCUGCAAGGUAAGCCACGCGCUGGCGCACGGCAAAACGGGCGAUGCGGAUGUCCUGGAGGACCUCGAUGCCGUCGAGCGGUCGGUGCGCCAGUGGCAGCCGGAGGUGCCGGAGGACUUCACCACCCGCUUCAAUGCGAUCGAGGUCGCCCACAUGCUCUGCCAGGCGCAGGUCAUGCGGCUGGCGGCGCUGCUGGUGACCCAUCGCCUUCGGUACCCGUUUGGCGUGAACGAUGGGCCGGCGCAAGUCUUGUCGAUGACCAUCUUGACUCAGCUCGAAAUGACCCUCGCCGCCACGAAGCAGCCCGUCCGAUGCAUCGAUCUGGCGCUGCUGGUCGCGUGUCUCGAGCUGAAGGAGACUGGGCGCCAGAAGUGGCUCCUCGACAUCGCCACAUUCGCCGGAUUCUCGCCGCAGUUUGGGGAGCAUGUACAGGGCACGCUGAUGUCUUUUUGGGCGGCCAUGGAUUUGUUUGAGACGAUUUCGUGGAGUGAUUUGACUGCGUUAGGCUCUCCCUUCCUGCGGAAUCCAUUAUAA